AUGCUCCCCGCGCUAAUCCAACUAUGUGUACUCGCGAUUGUACUCUGUGUUGCCGCCGAACCAUUCCGACGCUCGUCUCAUGCAAGUAUCCAAAAGUUCUCCAAGGAUUUGGCGACUGCGAAACGAACUAGCUCCAGCCUGCCAUGGCGUAAAACUCGAGAAGAUACCCCGAUGGUGCCUCACAGUGUGCCUGGACCUAGCACGGCAGGGCAAGACGUCAGAUUGCUGGAUAUUGUGUUGGCCGCGAGCGUAGACGGGCGAUUUCAUGCCUUGAACCGGACCACGGGGGAGCUCAUCUGGGGUUCCUCCUAUGGCUUCCCAAACUCCCUCUACAACCUCGUACGGAGCGACCACCGUUCACUUGUCGACUCGGAGCAUGUCGAAGAGAGCGAAGAGACCUAUGUCAUUGAGCCCCAGACGGGAGAAGUCUUCGUAUUGCACCCGGGAGAUGCCCCCGUCGAGCGUCUCGGGUAUUCUAUUCCACAGCUUGCAGAGCUUUCUCCAUUUAUACCACCAGGCGACGACGAGCGUGUAUUUCAUAGCACGACAACCACCUCGCUCAUCACGAUUGAUUUGCUCACCGGCCGUAUCUUGGGAGUCUACGGCGAGCAUUGUGCCUGGGAUAACGACGAUUCAAACGACGACGAUUCACCCAUCGAUGUGAAUGCCAUGCUUGAUGAUCUCGAUGGCACCCAAGAAUUACCGCGGAAACAGCGGCCUAUUGAAGUUGUCAUUGGUCGCACUGACUACCACGUUUCCGUAUACGUCAAAGGUCGGGGCGUCGUUCAAAACCUCAAAUUCACCAAGUAUGGGCCAAACAACGUCCACCGCGCUAUCCAGGCUGCUUGGAAUCGCUCACCGGAUUCCACCUACUUUCAGCCUAGCCCCGAUGGCAGGCUUUAUAGUUUCGCCAAAGGCACUAUUCUCACCUAUGUGCCUACCUACCCGUUGAUUGUCGCUAUUUUCGACGCGGUAUACCUCCCGACCAGGCGAGACCCAAUCUUGCUUCUCCAGCCUAUACCUAAACUCUCGGAUCUGUCAGCUUCACGUUCGGCUGAUAUGGAUCUCCCCGAGUUUACGUACAUUGGUCGGAUUGAUGACAGUCUCUUUGCACUCGGCCACACCGCCUAUCCUCUCGUUCUUUUCUCCCAUGUCGGGAAGAAACAGCUGCCGCGCAUUGACGACGGAGGCAAAGCGCCCAAUUCCUAUCCUCUGUCGGAUCCUGAUUCAUCCGCAGAACGGUGCUAUGAUUUAGAUUGCCUAACGGGGACAAAAUGGAGUCAAUCUGCGCGGCGUUCAGGGUUGAAUCGGCUUAUUGGGGAAGAACAUGUACUCUAUAUCGAGGGAUCGGCGGGUGUCGAAGACCCACCCGAAGACUAUCCUUCCCAUGAUAUCCCUCAAUCGAGGCCCGAUCCCCCUCGAACACCCAAACGACCUCAAACUCUCCCGCCUGAUCCGACUCGUACAACUCGCGCGACCAAUUCUACGUCUCACGGGCGUCCUGCCAUCGAGGAUAAGACACCUGAAGCAACGCCCUCGCCUCGAAGUGGAAUCAGAGGUGUCGCGCGCGAAUGGUUGGCUGCCUGGGCAAGCAUGGGUGGGGUGGUGCUUUCCACUGUCAUGUUUGGCCUCGGACUUGGUGUGAGGAGAGGCAAGCUGAGUCUCGGGCCUAUAUUACUGAAGUUACUCGGAAUCAAGAACGACAAUAGCUCACCCGAGCCCGACGCGAAGCCUGUCGUUGAAGAAGAGGAUGAUGAGAUUCCGCCGCCCGUACCUCCAAAACCGUAUUCAUUUUCCCGGCAAGACCCGUAUUUCAUGACCUCCGACUCGCGGCCUGGUGUUCCACUAAAGGACGUCCCUACGACACCGCCCAGACGACGCAUUCGCCCACGCGUCCGGGGUGGAGUACCUUCUUCUGCGUCUGUCCCCAUCUUGCCGACCUUGAAUCCCACUGGGCAGUUGGCUGCUUCCAAGAGUACGGGCGAUGUGAAUGCCGAAAGAGGGCUUGUUGAGGAACCUGAAGGUCAAAUCGUCGACGAAAAGAAGGAACCAGAGAACACAGAGACAGAGGUCGAAGGAGCGGUCGAGGAGGCCAAUACUCCAGGCAAAAAACGUGUCAGAAGGGGUCGGCGUGGUAAGGGUCGAGGAAAGGGAGCUAGCACGGGAGAUGCGAACAAGAAUGGAGUGGAGACAGAGGGCGUGUUGUCCGAGGGGUCAGAAAGCUUUAUUCGCGUGGAAAAGACGGAAAAGGCACCGGUUGUCCCCAAGUCCUCGUUGGUUGUGAGCGAAGAAGUUCUGGGCUAUGGUUCACACGGCACAGUUGUCUACAAGGGCAAAUUCCAAGGUCGAUCUGUCGCGGUCAAACGACUCUUGCACGACUUCGUCACACUUGCCUCGCGUGAAGUUGCCCUAUUACAGGAAUCCGAUGACCACCCGAAUGUGAUCCGAUACUAUUACGAAGAACAUCGCGAGAACUUCCUCUACAUAGCACUCGAACUUUGUCCCUGCUCACUUUCAGACUUGGUCGAACGCCCACAAAUGUUCCCAGAUGUCGUUGGGUCGUUUGAUCCCAAGCGCGCCUUGUCUCAAGUUACCGCCGGCCUUCGUCACUUGCAUGCCCUCAAGAUUGUUCAUCGUGAUAUUAAACCGCAGAACAUCCUUGUUUCUGCUCGAGGAGCGAUGUUAAUUUCUGACUUUGGCUUGUGUCGAAAGCUUGAUGUAGACCAGACGAGCUUUAUGCCUACCGCAUAUGGCGGAGCGGCAGCUGGAACAGCCGGAUGGCGCGCGCCUGAAAUUUUGCGUGGAGAAGUCAACGUUGAUAUGGCCGCCCUGGACGUAUCCAAUGGCGGAAUCGGCUCCAGUUCGGGUUCCGGGUCAGGCAGCGCUACCUCUGGCACACGACUGACUCGAAGUGUGGAUGUAUUCGCCCUCGGCUGUCUGUUCUUCUACGUUCUGAGCGGGGGAGACCAUGCGUUUGGUGAUCGAUUCGAGCGGGAUGUGAAUAUUUUAAGAGAUGAGAAACGCUUGGACUGGUUGGAAAGGCUUGGCGAGGAAGGAUUCGAGGCGAUUGAUCUAAUCCAGAAGAUGUUGAGCCCGGAUCCUAAAAAACGGCCGGAUACGACGAAAUGCCUCACACACCCGUUCUUCUGGACCCCGAGUCGCCGAUUAGCUUUCCUCCAGGAUGCUUCGGACAGAUUCGAAAUCAUGGAACGAGAUCCGCGCGAGCCUGGGCUCGUUGCCCUCGAAACUGGUGCGGUCAACAUUAUUGGGAAUGACUGGCAACGCCGAUUGGACAAGAUGUUCAUCGACAAUUUGGGUAAAUUUAGAAAGUACGACGUGACCAGCGUACAAGAUCUUCUCCGGGCCUUGAGAAAUAAGAAAAACCAUUAUCAGGACUUGCCAGACAAUGUCAAGAGGCAUUUAGGUCCUCUGCCCGAAGGCUUCUUGAGCUAUUUUACGAGACGGUUCCCCAAGUUAUUUUUACAUGUGUAUUGCGUCGUGGAAGGUUCUCCACUCAUGGUUGAGCCUAUGUUCCGAUCGUAUUUUGCCCUGGAAGAAUGA